AUGCUCUGUCGCCCCACCCACCCGACCACCAACCACAGCCCGGCGCCCGACCAUGGGCCAGAACCACAGAAGGAAGCAGUGGAAAAAGGCCACGGCGGCUCCAGUUACCGGGCACCCCGCCAACUCCACCCCCAAACCCCGGUGGCGCCCCAGCCCGCCGGCCACCCGCACCCCCGCAUGGCGCACCAUGGCCCACCAAGCAGUCCAGCCGGCCAGCCCCUCCACCAAAGCGGGGACACAUCCCAAUCAACGCCAGCUAAGACCCCCCUGCUGGAGCCUGGCACCCCCCCCCCCCCAGCUGGCAGACCGGGGCCCAAAGCCAGGGGCCGAGAUGAACCAUCCAGCAAACAAGCAAACCCCACCCCAGUACGAGGCGGAGAAGCCCGACGCAAAUGCAGAGCUCAGCGACACCCGCCCUGCCGCACCCACACCUGGAGGUCAGAGCCGCCACGCACAGGACCACCGCCCCAACACCACAGCACACCACCCAAGACCAAACAAUGCCCACAACCAUCCAAGGCCAACCACCCUUCCCCACCCCAGAAGGAAGCCUACACCCACCCCAACAUUCGAACUACCCCCAGAGCACAUAAGACAUUGGACACCCAGGUUGACCCCGCCCCACCCCCUCCUGCAGACCCUCCGCCCCGCCAGCAGAAUGUGCUCCUUGAAGGAAGGAGCACCUGCAAUGAGAUGGGACCUACCCGCCAGUUUUGGAGGCCCUUAUGCCCACCGAUACACCAAAGGUCCCCGAGCCAGGGCCGGGCGCACGGGAAUGCACCAGCCCAAAACCCCGGCGACAUGCUCGCCAGGACCCAAGACCCCCAAGGCCCAGCCAAGACCCCAGCCCGGGAGGCGAUAGGCCCCAGAGUCCCCAAGCCCACCCCAGACCCACCCAUGAGCAGCACAGGCACCAGGCCAGUGACCUAUGUCCACAGUCCCCAGUGCCAGACCCCCUGCGAUCCCAGCCCAGGGUCACCCCAAAUGCCCCAACCCAGACACCCCCCGAAUCUGCCACAAUGCCCCACAGGAUGA